AUGAACAAAGAGAUUCUGGCUGUUUUAAGCAGUUUCCAUGAAAAAUCCCUUUCGCGCGAGAAGAUUUUCGAAGCGCUGGAAACUGCAUUAGCCACCGCAACCAAGAAAAAAUACGAGCAGGAAAUCGACGUGCGCGUCAGCAUUGACCGCAGAACCGGCGAUUUCGAUACCUUCCGCCGUUGGGUCGUAGAUGAAGUGACUCAGCCAACGCGUGAAAUCACGCUGGAAGCCGCUCAGUUUGAAGACCCGAGCAUCGAGCUCGGGCUAGUCGAAGAUCAGAUCGAGUCCGACCUCGACCGUAUCACCACCCAAACCGCCAAGCAGGUUAUCGUGCAGAAAGUGCGCGAAGCCGAGCAAGUGAACCGUGACAGCAUCGCGCUGGAUCUGGGCAACAACGCCGAAGCGGUGAUUGGCCGUGAAGACAUGCUGCCGCGCGAAAACUUCCGUCCGGGCGACCGCAUUCGCGGCGUACUGUACGCCGUGCGUCCUGAAGCUCGCGGCGCGCAGCUGUUCGUCAGCCGUUCCAGCUCGGAAAUGCUGAAAGAACUGUUCCGCAUCGAAGUGCCGGAAAUCGGCGAAGAAGUGAUCGAAAUUAAAGCGGCAGCCCGCGAUCCUGGCUCCCGCGCAAAAUUUGCAGUGAAAAACAACGACAAGCGCAUCGACCGGUCGGCCUGCGUAGGUAUGCGCGGUGCGCGCGUUCAGGCCGUGUCGAGCGAGCGCGGCGAACGCAUCGACAUCAUCCGGGAUGAUAACCCAGCGCAAUUCGUCAUCAACGCCAUGGCGCCGGCCGACGUCGCGUCGAUCGUGGUAGACGAAGAUAACUGCACCAUGGAUAUCGCCGUUGAAGCCAGCAACCUGGCGCAGGCGAUCGGCCGUAACGGCCAAAACCACCAGGCCGAGGCUCAUGCCGCUAUUGAUACCUUCACCAAGUAUCUUGAUAUCGACGAAGAUUUCGCCACCGUACUGGUUGAAGAAGGCUUCUCCACGCUGGAAGAGCUGGCCUACGUGCCGAUCAAAGAGCUGGGAAUCGACGGUCUGGAUGAAGAUACGGUUGAAGCAUUGCGCGAACGCGCCAAAGCUGCAUUGACCACGCUGGCCUGGCACAAGAAGAAACCUGGGCGACAACAAACCGGCGACGAUUUGCUCAACCUGCCGGUCUUGAGCGCAAGCAUGGCCUUUAAACUGGCCGCGCGUGGGGUUUGUACGCUGGAAGAUCUUGCCGAGCGUGUUGACGAUCUUGCUGAUAUUGAAGGGCUUAGCGACGAGCAAGCCGGUGAGCUGAGCAUGGCUGCACGCAAUAUCUGUUGGUUUGGCGACAACGCGAUCAACAAGUCCGAGUCGGACUCUGUUACCCAGCAAGAAAAAGAAACAUUGCUGGCGCACCUGAACCGUGAACACGGCAGCGCGCCGGGUAAACUCACUUUGCAGCGCAAAACGCGCAGCACCUUGAAUAUCCCGAGCACCGGCGGUAAAAGUAAAUCGGUGCAAAUUGAGGAAGCCCAGUUGGCUGAAGCGGCAGAGCAGGCACAGCGUGAAGCGGAAGAGCAGGCACGGCGCGAAGCGGAAGAGCUCGCAAAACGCGAAGCGGAAGCGAAGCGCGCUGCCGAUAGAGCAAGCCAACGUGAGGCCGCGGAGAUUGCUAAGCGUAAUUCAGCGGAAAAAGAAAAAGUGACCAUCAACAUACCGACGAAUGACCAAGCCAGCUCAGGCGGAAAAAGCACGCCGUGA